AUGUCCUCAGAUCCGGCUAAAACAUUCUCUGGCUGGGUUGCCCACGAUGCAACAAGCCCAUUAACGUACACAACCUUCGAACCCAAACCCUUCACAGAAACCGACAUCGAAAUCCGCAUCACUCAUUGCGGAAUUUGUGGCACAGAUGUACAUACCCUCCGCUCUGGCUGGUCGCCAACUGACUACCCCUGCGUGGUAGGCCACGAGAUUAUCGGGAUAGUCGAACGCGUCGGCACCGGUGUCCCCACAUUGGCAUCCUCACCCGCAUCGCGUGAGAUCCAAAUCGGCGAUCGUGUCGGCAUAGGCGCACAGAGCAUGUCCUGCCUUCGAGUAGACUGCGAAGCCUGUGCCGAUGGUGAAGAAUCAUACUGCAACCGUGCAACCAUGACAUAUAACAGUCGGUAUGCGGAUAAGAGCAAAUCGUACGGCGGAUUUGCGGAUCGCUGGCGGGGCCCUGCGCACUUUGUGCUCAAGAUUCCCGACACCCUACCCUCUGCUGAGGCUGCACCGCUACUCUGUGCAGGUGUUACUGUUUAUGCGCCACUGCGUAAACACGGUGCUGGGCCAGGCAAGACGGUCGGUGUUGUGGGUAUUGGUGGACUAGGACAUCUCGGUAUCCUAUUUGCGAAGGCGCUAGGUGCGGAUCGGGUUAUUGCGAUUUCGCGGUCUUCGAGAAAGCGCGACGAAGCGAUUCGGGGUCUGGGUGCGGAUGGGUUUAUUGCGACGGGGGAAGAGAAGGGAUGGGCGAAACCACAUUCGCGGUCACUGGAUAUUAUUCUUUCGACUGUUUCGGGUGGUGAUAUGCCAUUUGCGCAGUAUUUGAAACUCCUCAAGCGAGACGGUACUUUCAUUCAGCUUGGGGCGCCUGAGGAGCCGUUGCCUCCGCUGGCAGCUUAUUCUUUGAUUCAGAAAGCUGUCAAGGUGACUGGAUCCAAUAUUGGGUCACCAGAAGAUAUUCGUAAUAUGUUGCAGCUGGCUGCGGAGAAGCGGGUUCUACCAUGGAUUCAGAAACGGCCCAUGAAGGAUGUCAAUUCUGCAUUGGUAGACAUGCAUGAAGGAAAGGCAAGAUAUAGGUUUGUGUUACAGAACAGCGAGCAACAGGCAAAGCUAUAG